CGGCGCCGCCCGCCCCCGUUGCCAUGGCGAGGCCGCGGGCGUCCCGCCGAGGCGGCAGGCGGCGGCGGCGGAGCAUGGCCGGGCCCCGCGGCGCCCUGCGGGACGUUAAAAUGAGUAUGUUGCCUCCCGUGAUCGUACAAAGGCCACAUGGGCAUCCCACGUUCAUAGAGCAGACAGUUUGCCCGGCAUUAGACUUUGCAAGGGUUCAUUUGAUCAAAGACAAAGAUGGCAUAGAUGAUUAUUUGGCGAAGAAUAUCAAAGGGCUGUCAAAACAAGAAGCUGCUGCCUGCAGGAAUUCAUACAAGAAGAACAUCUGCAUAGACAUGCUGCGACAGGGUUAUCACAAGUCCUUCUCCGAGCUCUUCACUCUGAUACAGAAGUGGAAUGCCUUGAGGGAGGCUGCAGGGCCUGGGUCAGCCAUAUGGCAGCAGAAGUCCCUGGAGGAGCAGCCUGAUAAGCUGGAUCAGCUUUACCACUUCCUGACCAGGGCAGAGGCAGCCCAGCGAGCAGGGCACUAUGAGGAAGUGUACCAUAACCAGCUUAACUUGGCCUACUGCUUCAAUGCACCUGAGGACAAAUGGUUAAGGAAUUACUUUUAUGAACAAUGCUUUAACACUGUUCAUCUAAUAAAAAUUGAUGGUGGGAAAAAAGAGGCACAAGCACAUGCAAAUAUGGGCCUCAUCAAUGAGGAACAAGGUGAUAUCAUGAAAGCUGCUGAACACUAUGAAGCAUUUUAUGAGCUAACAAUGGGUUCGACAUGGAAGGAUGAGACAGGCCGUACUUACAAUUCACUGGCAUGUGAACAUCUCUGGAAAAUUUAUACAAUUCUAGCAGACAAAAUGCUAGAAGAUAAAGAACACCAACAGGCCGUCAAAACACUAAUAAAAGCUUUAAAAAUGGCGAAAGAAGGAGGUGAUAUGAAGAUGGAAGGAGAAGCUGCCUAUUGCUUAGGUUUAGCAUAUCAUUUUGCUGGAGAAGAACAGAGAGCAAUACCAAUUUUGAAUACCUCUGUAAAAAUCUUCACAGCACUGUGUGAUUCAGCUGGCCUAGGCAGAGCAUAUGAAGCUAUAGCCAAGAUUCUGGUAAGUCAGGGAAAAGUGGCUGAAACUGUUAUGCACUUGGAAGAGUUUGUGAAGGUUGCUGAGAAUGCUCAUCUAAGCCGAAGCCUGGUGGAUGCAUGCGUAUUACUUGGGAAUCUUUGCAAUGAAAGAGGGCACUAUAAUGAAGCUUUUGGAUAUUUCAGUCGAGCUUUUGAGGCAGCAAACACUUUAAGUAGUUUGCCCUUAGUGGAUGAAACAAAGACUUAUUAUGGCAUUGCAAGGGCUCAUAAAAUGAUGGUGGCAUUUAACAACCAUACAGAAGCAGCAGAUCUCGUCAGCAUGAAGUACCUGCUGUCAUGGAAGGAGAACAGAAGUGACAUGUGCACUGACCCUCUUACAGUCGAACUUAAUAAAGAAACAAGUGCCUCAAACCCCCUGUGAACCUCUUUGAAAGACACCGCUUCAGGAUCCUUCCAGAGAAUACCUACUUGCUUAAAGAAAAAAGCUGAUUAAUGUGAAGAAUGAGUUCAGGAAGAUCCUGGAAGUCAUGCAACGAAGUAAGAAUUUCAGGAAUUUCAGUAGGAAUUUUAAUUGUCAUUUAAAUGGGAGUGCAUUGUUACGGGAUAAAUAUCUGACAGCCCUGGCUUCUUGUAUGACUCGUGUGUGGCUCAGUGUGUCAAAAUAGCUGGUGUCGUUCCAACAGAAAAGGAAAGGCGUAAUCUAGAAGAAGUUGUUUCCUGUUUUUGCCACUAUCGCUCAUUGUCUUCCAAUGUGUCAAAACCCUCCUGUUAACAUACUAAGCAUCCUUUACGCCCACUGAGGUGAAUGGGAAUCCGAGGUUCUCAAUACUGUGUAAGAUCAGGUUGUAAAUGUAUCUGCAAAAUAUUCUUUAAAUCCCAGAUUAUUGUCCCUUUCAGAAAACUCCAAGCUUGAUGCCUCGUACCUGGGGCUUUCAGUGAUUUUACCAUGUGUGCUUAACAGCUAGAACUCAACUAUAGCAUGAACAGAAUAGAUCCAGCCCAGGUGGCCCAUUAAAGUACAAUUCUGAUCUAAUUUAUAGCACAGGUUGGACCUGAAACACAAAUAAGUUUGUUUAAGCUCUAGUUGAGCACACUGGUGAAACUAUGGAAAGCCUGUACAGUCAAAGCAUUUGAAGCACCUCUGACUGUCUCAAGUGAAACAUCAAUCUAUAGACACAACUGAAACAAGUAGGUUUAACAGUGAAAGUGCAUCCAAUAGGAUACCUGUAUGUCACAUUUUCAAAACUGUAUCCCAAAUUGCCCCUUUAAUGAAGCCUGUGAUCAUUCGCACAAUCGGGUAAACCAGAAAUCUACUUAGACUGUUCCUGACAAAUAGUCUGAAGCCCUGAUUCCUAUUUUGGAGUCUGUGUGGAGAAGUCUCUCCUGUCCUGGGCUGAUGAAAUUCUUGGCAGGGGGUUCCCCUCGUGACCCUCAGCAGUCUGACUCCUGUGGUCUUCACCGCCCUCAGAGGGCCUUUUCCAGCUGCUGUCACCCUGGCCCUGAAGAACAGUUGAAGGACAGACGGUGGCAGUUGUCAUUUUGCAAAAUAUAUGUCAGAGAAGGAUUCAGGACCUUUUGAAUUAAUUUAGGAAAAUUGAUGCUGGCUUUCAUAUUUCCCAUAUUCUUUCCAACUACAUAAACAAAGCUUUAUGAAUCCAAGUAAUUGACCUCUCCUGUCUGUAAAGGAAGGUUUCCAGGUUCAGAGUUUGAAGCAGGCUCCAUUAGACCUGUAAUCAGUUUUCAUAACAGUCUUUGAGCAAGAGACAGCUUUUGCCAUAGCAAUAACUCAAUCCACUGGUUUUCUUCAGGGUUGCAAUCUGAGGAACUGGUUGACAUGUGACAGUAGGAUUUCUCCCUAUUAAGACAUGGUGAAAAUACAGCAUUAACGAGUUCUCAUUAAACCCCAAUCUCGGUGAUCAUUCAGAUUGUUUUUAAAAGGCUGAAAAGUUGCAUGGGAAUGUACCUAUAUACAACCGUUCACACACAUAAGCAUACAAAUCUCCUUACUGAAUGUUACGCCAAGGUAAAAAAUUAAAGAAGGCAAAGAAGGGAAACAGGACCAUAAAUUAAAUAAAAACAUUAACAUUAUCCAGUUUUCCCCUUAUAUUUCAAUGUUAUUGAUAUGAAAUACCAAAAGUAUUAUAAAAACAAUACAAGACUUUUCAGAGUAAUGUGAUUUUCAUGUGUUAUUUGCAAAGUCUUCUAAUCUUGAUAAGUAUAGCAAGACUGCUUGUAAGAGGUUGCUACUUUUAGAUAUUUGCAAUUCCUCUUUUACCAGAAAAUUAUGAAAAGGAAUGGAGUAUUUGAAUUUAUCCUUUUUAUUUAAAAAAACACAAAAAAACAUAAACCCAAUUCACACUCUAGAAAAGCUGAUAAUCUUUUUUUUAAGGGCAAGUUCUUAAAUUCUUAAGGGUUUUGAACCUCAUUUUCAUUUCUGCAGCAACGAAACAUUCUAUGUAUUUGUUUCCCAAAAGUUAUUAUGCAGUUACAUUAAAUAGCAUCCAUGAUGACUAUUUCUUGCUGGUCUACACUAUUUACUAAGUGUUAACUUCUGUCUGUGACAAAAUGGUCACAAAUGCGUCCUCCAGCUUAGCUCUCCCAUACAGUUUGACAAUAUUUUUUUUAGUCAGAAGGCUUUUAAUAAGGGGACUUUUAUUAUCUUAUAAUGAUGUAGGUGUAAGUCUUGAUCUUCCCAUUCAGGAGGUCCCAGCGGAGAGUGGUGUUUACGGAGUGCCUCCCUCCCAGCCCUGGACCUGUUUGCCUGCCGAGGCACUAUCUGCCGGGCAGAAGGCAGCCGACAGUUCUGCUCCUCGCAGAGAUGUUAGCAGGAAAACGAAAGCUCUGCUUUCCAGUUCAAACUGGCGGGGCAAGGUGGUUAGGCAGAAUCUAGUUCCAUGCAUUAUAAUCUGGACAGGAUCCCGGACCGCUUCCCUGCUCUUGGAAACAGGCAGAGCUCCGAUGAUAAUGGAGAGGCCUCGGUGUGAUGUCUCACGCGGUACAGCAGAGAGCACAGAGCUCGCUGUUACUUGGCUGCCGUCCUGAUUCAGUAUUUCCUUAGAAGAAAAAUCACCACUUACUGAAUUACCAGCACUUCUUCCAGCAUCAGUUUUCUUUGGUGAUCUCUCGCCAGACAUAGUCCUGUUCAUAAGAACUGCUGAGAUCAGAGCUCAAAUUGGUAAAAUGGAACUUUUUCCCUGUGUCUCUUUACGUGAUAGAGUCUAUAAUUUCUUUAAGGAGCUCCUCAUAUUGAACAGAAUCAUUCUUCACCCCGCCUGGCUCACUAUCGCUGUAAUCCUUUCUCCAAGUUUUUCCAAAAAAGCCUUUAAUCCUCUGUCCCUUAGGACAUUGCAAACAGAAAAGAAUACUCACAACAGAGUAUGAAUUGCAGUUCCAGGUUUUUCUGUGCUCUGAGAAACUGUAGAAAUACUUGGCUUUAAUGAAGUUAGGAAAGCAGGUAAAUCAGAUUAGCCCAUGAAGCCACAUGUCUGUUGCACAACAUAGACUUGUCAUAUAUUACAGCAAAUCAGCUUCUGAAUAGUUCUGAAAGGGUAAUGUUGCUGUCUUUAAAAUACGUUACGGGAGACUUGGCAAUUAAAACUACUUCUUGGCUAAUAGUUUAGUGAGUUUUGCUGUGGAUGUAUCAGAUGGUGUAUUUAGUGGCUAACAACUUGUAGCAGAGGGGAAGGUUGCACUCCAGAAAUGAAUCUGUUUAUAAUUAUGAAAAGCAUCUUUUCUGAACAUUAGUGAGGUAUGUCUUGUUAAUUAUGAUGAUAUAUAUAAGGUAUUUCAGCAUCUACCUGUGAAGCCAUUUGGAAAAUUAAUGUCUGAGUCACAGAGAGGUCAUCGCCAUUCUGGAAGGAAUACAUUCAUCUCUAAAUAGUCCAUCCAAAUGUAGACUAAGAAAUACACUACAUAUAAUUACCUAGAAAUAGAUGGAAUAAAUAAGAUUGAUGAUAGAUAUUACUAAAGCCCUGUUUUAGCUUCCUGUUAGGAAAAAGUAGAAAGUAACUGGAAGAACAAUAAUACACAUGUAAAAAUGCAAGAAAUAGGUUAAAGUCAUAAGUAGUUAUGUGAGAGUGAGCUGUUGCCCAUGAGGUCAGAACUCAUCAGCCUGCAUAAGGGCUAUAUGUCAAGGACUUUGUCCUGAGGUUCAGUCAGGUAUUUCAGAAUAUGACUCCUACUAACAGGUGAAUGAGGGCCAUGGGGUUUUUUUUCCCCCAAAUCUGUCUUUGAUAGCAUUUUCAAAUCUUGUUUGAUAGCAUAACUCCAUGUAUCUCUGUAUUUUCCAUAUUUAUGCCUCCAAGUAGAUAGAAGGUUUGUGCUGUCUUUGAAGAGAAAUAAACAUGUUAAUGAAUAUUUC